AUGACUGUCGAGCCGUGGCGGCGCCGCAGGUUGGUGAAGGGAUUUGAGGAGAAGGUUAUGGAGGCGUUGGAGAGGGAGAAUGGAAUGAAAGAGGGAGUGGGUGCUGUGGAAGGCGCCACCCUUCGUGAUGGUGCCACUACCGUUCCUGCUGCUGCAGCUGCGCCAUCACUCAUCGCAGAACCAGUUACUCCUACAUUCUCCAAUAUCUCAGACGAGACUCCAGCAGGACCAUCAGAUGCCGCCAUGUUUACUGAACAAGACGUUCCCGAUCCAGCCGUCGUAUCUGCUACCGCACCUACCCUCACCGCGUUACAACCGAACAAACAAUCACAAUCGUCGACAUCCGCGCUUCUUCUACCACCAGACGCUUCUCUGUCGCCAGAUUCCUGGCGCCAGACGAUCCAUGACCUCUUCGGUGAACGACGCAUUACGCUUUCCCAGCGCGAGCUGACGACGGUAGCGCUCGAGAGUGCAGCGGCUGGUGCGGCCGUGAUGGGCGUUUUGAUUGCCCUGUUUAGACCACGAUGA